AUGCCCUUUCUAGCCACAGCCGGCUCCAACCAUUAUGCCCAGCUUGGCCGUGAAGGUGACACUUCGUUUUUCGAGGUGUUGGACAUUGAAAAUGAUUUUGUUCAGGUUUGUUGUGGAGCGCGUUACACUUUGGCCUUGACAAGAUCCGGCAGCGUAUACGGGUGGGGAUUAAAUGAGUCUGGCCAACUCGCACUGCCUGCACCAAUUGUCAAACGUCCUACGUUAAUCAACACUUGCUAUAAUAGUCGUAUUGUAAAGGUUUCAUGUGGGGAAUCACACUCCCUUUUUUUAACCUCAUCUGGAGAGAUUUACUGCUGCGGAGAUGGUUCCUGUGGACAACGUGGAGAUGGCACGUUUCACAGCAAAUGCUUUGAGCUUAGUCGAGCACUUCUUAAUGAAACUACAAGAGAUGUCUUUUGUGGUGCACGUACAUCGUUUGCCAUUACAGAUGAUGGUGAUCUUUUUGGGUGGGGCGAAACAACAAGUGGUAUGCUCGGUGCCAAAGCAUGGCCUACACCUACCUUGUCCGUGCCUACUCGUCUUUCAGUUGGCCCACCGCGAACCCGCAUUGCCUGGGGAGUUGCUUCUCGAAAUUUCGCAAUAAUCAUAACUACCAAAGGCGAAAUUUUGGGUGCGGGGAGUAACAGUGACGGUCAACUUGGAAUAGCUGAUUCUUGCACCUACACUUGGAGGCCUAUACGAGAUGUGGGACGUGUCUCUCUUGUGGCCUGUGGUUGCCGUCAUACGUUAUGUUAUCAGGUGGAAAAAAAGCGUUGCAUCGUACUUUCCGAUCAGCUUGGGUCAUUCACCUUGCCUAACCCGACGGGACUUGCUGCAGGAGAAGAUAACGUCUUUGCUUGCAUAGAUGGAGGAAGAAGUUUGCUCGUUUAUGGGCAUAAUAGAAACGGUCAGCUUGGUGUUGGUGAUAUUCCCAACGUCGAAAAGCUCACACAGGUUUCUCUCCCUAUAAAAGCAAAUGUAGUUAUGGUAUCGUGUGGGCGUAAGCAUACUUGCCUCUUGCUUUCUGGAGAGGAGGUACACCGUGGAAAUUACACAGUUUUCAUGGAAGAUUCCGCUACAGCUGAAGGAGAUAUCAGCAGAAAGACACGCACGGUAACGAAUUGGGGGCGACCCUCCUUUGGAUGGGAAUGCGCAGCCACAUCAGUGGCUGCCCUCAUAGUGGGAGUGUUAGUUGCAAGGUUUUACGGCUACCAACGUUGA